AACCAAAGUUCAAGGACUGCAUUAUUAUUUUCAUGAAAAGGUUAGGGAUGAAAAGUGUUUUUCAACCUAUUUUUAUAAAAUUUUUUUCAUGGGGGAGUACAUUAUAUAUAUAAACAUAUCAUUAUAGAGAGGCUCAAAAUCAAUUAAGAGAAUUGCUCGAGAAGAAGAAAAAUGGGGAGGAAGAUGAAACUGCUACCUUCUCUUUUCAAGAACAGAGAAUCAAUGGACCGGCCAUGGCAAUGGCCGAUAUGCGGAAGUUCCAAAACUCCUUCAUUCAGAGCCGGCGACGGAGAAAUUUUCACUACUGUCAACUCAAUGUUCCUAGAAAAUUUUCUCUCCGAUCAAAUCCAAACUCCCGAUUCUUGGUUCGCGAACUCAUGGCUGUUCGACUCCGCUAGGUUUUCGACCGAUUUCGAAGACGAUUUGGAGGUGGUGAUUCGAGGCGCAAAAUCAGAGCGGCUGAUCUUCGAGCCUGGCGAGACGAAUUCGAUUUUAGAGAAAUCAAGAAUCGAAGAAGCUGGAAGCAAGUGUGAACCGAUUGGAUUGGAAGGAAGUGUGGUUCUAUUAGCGAUGGAAUCGGAAGAUCCGUACCUGGAUUUUCGAAGAUCGAUGGAGGAGAUGGUGGAGAGCCAUGGAAUUAGAGAUUGGGAAUGGUUGGAAGCGUUGUUGAAUUGGUACUUGAGAAUGAAUAGGAUCAAGAAUCAUGGAUAUAUUUUAGGUGCUUUUGUUGAUUUGCUGGUUGAUCUUGGCGGCGGCGGCGGCGAUGGUUCUAUGGAUUCGACUUCCAUUUUUUCCGAUGAAUUGAUCGUCCAGCACCAUGAUCGGGAGAGAUGCGUUGUUUAAAUAAUUUUUUCUGUUCAUACUUUUUUUUUCUUCUUAAAUUACACUUCAUAAUUUUCAAUUUGUAUAUAGCUCACUAGCAAUCGCAAGAGGUAGAAGACUUACUCACUUCUAAGAUAAUUUUAAUCAUUUCAA